UCAGUUUCACACAGUAAUGAUGACAAAUCUACUAAUGUCCCUUUUUAUUGUCUCUCUCUCAACCAGAAAGAUGAAACACACCAUAAUUAUCCUCCUGCUGCUUCUCCUGGGCGCCUGCACAGUUACCACUGCUUCAAAAAAUCUGGCCUUGCGUGGGAAAGCGACUCAGUCAUCAAUCAGAGGCGCACCAUGGACAGGCUACAGUGCCGCCUCCAAUGCCAUCGAUGGAAACCGCCAAUCUCAAUUCAUGGCUGGAUCAUGCAGCACUACUGAAUAUCAGACGAACCCCUGGUGGAGAGUGGACCUGCUGGACUCCUACAUUAUCACCUCAAUCAUCAUCACAGUCAGAGGAGACUGCUGUGCAGAAGAGACCAUUGGGGCAAAUAUCUACAUCUCGGACUCUCCUAUUGAAGAUCAGAGUCCAAAAAAUGCGGAUGGUUAUGUUCCUCAUGUUCCAUUGGGCAAGUCUUUCACUCUGAAUUUUGACAGCAAAUUGGAGGGACGCUAUGUGACUUUGAAAAUGGAGGGUCAAAACAAAGUCCUUUCACUCUGCGAAGUGGAAGUCUAUGGGUAUCCUGCUGUUGUGGCUGGAGAGAAUUUGGCACUCCGAGGACGAGCAAAGCAGUCAUCAGUGUAUCCAGCUGGAAUCCCAAUGAAUGCCAUAGAUGGGAAUCGUGCCAGCAACUGGAACGAAGGCUCCUGCAGUCACACGCAAUACAACUUCAGCCCCUGGUGGCGACUGGACCUGCUCAAAACCUAUAAGGUGGAUUCUGUCAGCAUCACUAACAGAGAUCUUGUACCAGAAAGAAUCAAUGGAGCUGAGAUCCGCAUCGGAAAUUCCCUCGACAACAAUGGCAACAACAAUCCCAGGUGUGCUGUGGUCUCGCACAUCGUUGGAGGUGGUACCGAAACCUUCCAGUGUAAUGGGAUGGUGGGUCGCUACGUCAACAUUGUUGUUCCAGGAAGAAGAGAGUACCUGACCCUGUGUGAGGUGGAGGUGUACGGCCACAGCCUGGACUAGGUCUGAGGAGGCUGAGAAAGUCAACAUACUCCCUUUUUACAUUGAGUGAUGCUCUCAUGCAGGCUCACACUGAUUGCAGUUAUUGAUUAAGCCUCACUUUCUAGAUUGUCAAUAUGAAAACCAAUUAUGAUGGUAAUGAUG